GAAUGAAAUGCAAUAAUUUGAAUGAGCACACCCGCUUCUCCAUACCUUCAGCUGUCUGUGCGGUACACUUGUGAGGCUCACUCAAUAGACUCUGCUGGUGCGAUUGACGAGAUACACUGGAAAUAUUGAUCUCCCAAGACGUGAUGGCAUCCGACAACUUACCGCUUGUUGCUGCUUCGGGAAACGAUUCUUCUGCAAACUACACAGCUGCUGCAGAGAGGCCUCUGCACUACACCAACGUGAUCAUGCCGAGCAUCUUCGGGAUCAUCUGCUUCCUGGGUAUCAUUGGGAACUGCAUCAUCAUCUACACCAUUUUCAAGAAGACCAAGUGCCGAGCGAAGCAAACUGUGCCAGACAUUUUCAUCUUCAAUCUCUCCAUCGUGGACCUCCUGUUCCUCUUGGGCAUGCCCUUCCUGAUCCACCAGCUCCUGGGUAAUGGCUCCUGGUGCUUCGGCUCCAUCAUGUGCACCAUCAUCACGGCGCUGGACACCAACAGCCAGGUCGUCAGCACCUACAUCCUCACCGCCAUGACCGUGGACCGCUACUUAGCCACGGUCCACCCCAUCAAAUCCACCUACAUGCGAACGCCUUGUGUUGCAACCAUGGUCAUCUGCCUGGUGUGGCUCCUGUCCUUGCUGACCAUCAUCCCUGUCUGGAUGUACGCGGGUUUGAUGUCCCUCAAAGAUGGGUCGGUUCAGUGCGCUCUCCUCCUGCCCAAUCCUGCCACCGACAUCUACUGGUACACCCUCUACCAGUUCCUGCUGGCCUUCGCCUUCCCACUCAUCACCAUCUGUGUGGUGUACUUCAAGAUCCUCCAGCACAUGUCCACCACGGUCGCCCCUCUCCCCCAAAGAAGCCUUCGGGUGCGCACCAAAAAGGUCACCCGCAUGGCUGUGGCGAUAUGCCUGGCGUUCUUCAUCUGCUGGGCGCCCUACUACAUCCUGCAACUGGUCCAUCUUGGUGUGCAAAGGCCCUCCGUGGCCUUCUUCUAUGCCUACAACAUCGCCAUCAGCAUGGGCUAUGCCAACAGCUGCAUCAACCCCUUCCUGUAUGUCGUGCUAAGCCAGACCUUCAAGCGUCAGUUCAUGGUGGCCAUCCGACCGGCCCAGGAGCAGUUCCGGUUCAAUAACAGCAUGACCAAUGGCAGCGUGAGUCUCAGACUGGCUCCAGAGUCUACCCAGCAGUCUCAUUUUUCCAGGCAGUACUCGCAAAACGCACUCCCUGUGACUGUAGCAGCCCACUGAAGUGGACAUGCAGCAAUGCCUCAGGUUUGGUUUUUGACCCUGAUGGUUUAUUCUAGUGAGGCAGGAAAGCCUCGAAGCCCUUCCUUGAUACUCAUCUCAGCACCUUCACUUACAGACAGACUGUCAGUGGUGUAGACUUCUUCCAUUCACUGCACACAUAGUAGCCAUUAAUCAUGACUAAACUCAAGCGUGCACUGCCACGACAUUGGAGGUGAUUGGAUAUCAUUAGUUCAGCGAUUACACAAGGCCACAGGCUAAUCCAGCAGAACAGUCUAUGUGAGGGGGUGGCUGGGUCUUACUGUCAAAUGGAAUGUCAAAACCUCUAUAAGCUUAGACAUGCUUUUAUCACAAUUCCAAGGGUGUCUUUAUCAUCCUUAAGUCAUUACAAACCAAAAGCAAACUGUGUCCCAGAUGACUAACUUUUGCUCCAUUGGAAGCCCAAGGGAGAUCCAGACUCUGUUUUGCCCAGACCUAAAGAAAUUCUCCUUAGAAAGGGCAAGUGAGUUCUAUUUCUUGGAAAUCAGACAAUCCAAGUGCUUUGAAAGAUUGAGAGCCCCAGGGAAGGAAUGAAUCAGUGUGUCUCGCGGGAACAAUUAUCUGAAACUGCCUGUAAAUGUGCUACUCUCUGUACGCCAACAUGUUGUAGCAUUAUGGCUCUGUAGUAGCCAUUUGGGAUCAAAUUAAGUGAGUUAUGGUGUGGCGCACAAUGUAAAGGGAAUAUGCAGCUUAGAAUAGCCCACCUUGUUUUUCAAGUGCCAGUAAAUCUUUAUGGUGGUACAUAACAAAUACAUCAAGGCAGCUGCUGUAUACAGUUUAAAUCAAUAUGUGCCUGGAAGCAUUUCUUUUAUUUUCUGUAGACCUUUAAUUAAAGCUUUCUGUUAUCAGAUUGGGCAAACGGCAGUUUCAAAUCCAAAUAAUAUUUUUUUUUAGCUGACAAAAAAACAGAAUCAGGUGGAGUGAGUGCAGUUCAAAGGUCACAGAGCGACAUGAUUUUUUGGAAUCAGGAAUGACAGACAUGUGUCCAAACAAGCUCCUAAACUUGCUUUAAUUGGACUAAUAAGUAUGAGCAGAAAGAUUGAUUAUCAUUUCAGUGAACAAAGCUACGCUAACAUCAAACGUCAGGCUGUAUGUUUCUUGAAUCUUUAGGCACAGACCUGCGUAUAUGGAUGUCAGUUCACUUUGAGAGACAAUUGUGUUGAACAAAUGCCUCUAGGUAGAAGAGGCAUUCUCGCUAGGGUCAAUUUAAUUAGUAUUUUCAUCCAGGCAGCUCUGAGAAUUUCAAUGAGAAAUAAUUGAGCUCCUUCUAAACAGGCAGAUGUCAGGUUUAUCUCUUUUAAAGAUCAGUAACCCUGAGGUAUAAGAAAAGAGUUGCUGUUUAAUCAGAAUGUCUCGUACUUGAUUAAUUCAUUAUUGCUUUGCUUGGAUAAACAUACACCAGCAGUCAAAUCCUUAUGAUAUAGUGGGAGUCUUUUUCACUCAGAACAGAUUCAAACAAAGAAGAGAUUGCCCUGUCUGUGUGGGUUUUGCAGAGCAAGUGUCAUGCUGUUUGUUUUUGCAAAUUAAUUUAUAGCUUGUCAAAAGUGUUGAUUUUAUUGUGCAAUGAAUCUUCUCCCAACGGCUGAUCAGGUAAUAAUACUGACAUUGGCAUAAGGCCUGUACUUACCUCUUGACUACAGAGCUUGCUCUUUAGUUGAAUGGUAAGACGUUGGUCUUUGAACUGUAUGGUUAGCAGUUCGCGUCCAGCCGUUGUCUUUCCAUUCAAUUCAAUGGUCUGCUGGUUUAUUACAAUUGAAAGGAGAAUAGAGGUUGAGCGGACUGAGCUGAAGACUUGCCUUGUGCUCUCUCAAUGCAUGGCAGGCAUUGUAUUUGCAUGUUUUAUCUUCAGUGUCUCUAUGGCUGUGUCUAGUAAAUGUACAGUGUAUGUGAAGAAUUGAGAUGUGCUCUGAAACUGUGAGCUUUUUCCCCCCAAACAACCUUUCAUUCAAAGAUGGGAUACAUUUUACAGUAACACUUUAGUUCAGGGAUUUGGCAUUCACAAUUAACAAUGCAUUCAUAAGUGAAUUACAAAAGGGGCCAGAAACAAUAUUAUACCGUUAGUAAUAAGGCUAUAACACAUGUAACUAAGGCAUUAAUAAGAAAUAUUUCAACUACUUCAUAACAUGACAAGGAGGUACACUAGUUAGGUGGUUAUGUAAUGUAUAUAAACAUGUUCUUAACGAUGUUAUUACCAGCUCUAGAUUAUGAUUAAACACUGUAUAGUAACACAGAAUUACAAUGUUUUGUAAUUCCAUGUUAGUAUACAGUAAAAACUAAUUGUUUGCUAUAACAUGUUAUAAUAUAGCUUAUUACAAUAACCAUAUAUAUAAUACACACACACACACACACACACACACCCAGGGUAGGAUUACUAAACACAGUGUGAUUUAGCAGAAUGAUACCAAAAGUUUUAAAAUACUUUUUCUUUUCUCAAUGCUAAUUUGUGCAAGAAAUAGAACACCCAUGAUAAUGUUACAAAUAUUAUAACCAUGGGAAAAGCAUGGGAAAAGUGCAAAAAUACUAUGGUAAACUUAAAGGUGCAUCGACUAGGACUGUGGACACAAACACAAAUGAAGCCACGGACACACAGUCUAAAGUAAAGCAUUCUGACAUUCUGGAGAAAUACUUGUAGAAAUUAGAUGAAUGCAUGACCUAUUGUAUGUGUUACUAGAAGUUCAGUAUGCAAAUGCAAUGGGAAUUUGUAUAAUAAUUCUUGUGUUAAGAAUAUUUCAGUGGUGUUCUGGUACCUUCAGAUUUAGGAGCACACCACUGGUGUUAAUGCAUCAAGUUACCGUUUCACAAAUUGCCACUCACACUUACACAAUGUGUGUUCCCUUGGUGAGGAAGGGAAGUGUCACAGCCGGUGCCCUUAUCUAAUGUAAUGCUUUGCCAUGAAACAGACCUUUCUACAGUUUCCAAUAAAGACUUAAUCGUGGCAGGACCACAGAGUCAUUACAGAAUCUGUCCUGUCUGAGUGGCCAGAAAUCACUGUCAAUGGAGAUUAUUCAUUUGCUCCUCAUUGUAACAAAUAAAUUACCUAUCAAGGGAGACAGGCGUGAUUUCAAAUCCUAUUUUGCCAUUAAUUGUGAACACCCACACCGCUUCUCUAGGAAAUUAUAAAUGAUACUGUAUAAUUCUGUUAUUUUUAAAAGACUAAACUGUCUAGCUGAACAAUGUUUACCAUUUAUUUGUUCCAUAUUCCCAUCAGUUUUUGUUAUGUUAAUAAUUAGCAACAGAAUUGAGCCCUUUACUCCAUUCAAGGUUAACAUGCUCAAUGAUUUACCUUAUUCCUGCACAUGCUUUCUCUCGCCAAUCAUUUUAAGUUACUCUUCUUAUGCCAGCAGUGUUUUAGUAAAGAGGUUUGACAUUAUGCAUUUUACUCUCAUGUGAUAUUUCCAAUACAUUUUCAUCCUACGCCUUCUUCAUGAGCAUGCCAACUGUUUGCCCAAGCGCCCUUUCAUCUCAGCUUUGAUCUUCUCUCUUGAUUUUUCUCCAUACACCUCCAUGCAUCAAUCAACCGAAUGCCAAGAUGAUAGUUGCAGCUAUUCUUAGGAUCAACCACACCCCGAUGUAACAUUUCAAAGGAGCUUAUUCAAAUGCUGUUUUAUGCCCCCUCCCUCUCCCUCACCUCCUUGUCUGCAAGCCACUUGAAACAACGUUUCAAUUGCAACAGAUGCAGAUAAGGUUUUCUGCUUUCAAAUACAGUAGCUGAUUUAGGUAGGAGAUCACAGACACACUCAGAUAUACACAGACCACAGACAGUGCACAUGUGUCCUCAUCACUGCUACCCUAUCAGCCGACUCCCACACAGCUUCACAGCAGCCACUGCUGGAAUUGGAAAGGUUUUUUGUUCUUCGUUGGCUAGAUGAAAGACAGGUACAUAGUGAGCAGGCAGGUCAAUUGAUUUUAUAAAAUCCAAAAUAGAAUCAAAAAACACCUGUGACCUCAUAACGAACAGACACCAAGGGCCGUAUUACUCCAGUCUUUAAUUAACUCCUGUUUUUCUAAAGAGGGAAAAAACGAAUUUAUUUUUUACUAAGCAAGAACCAAACAACUAAGGUCUGUAUGUCAAGUUCUCUUCAUAACUCUUAAAAUGCUUUGAAAAUAUGGCCCUAAGUCCAGUAGAUGUCAGAUCUGCUCAGGGACAAUGGGUGUACCAGAAAGGUAUGGACUGAACAGCCUCUUUUUGUGAUACAAAAAAAAAACAUUAAAUACAAAACAUGUUGGUAACCCAACACCAACAGUCCAUAAAUUGUGAGGAUUAUACAGAGCACACUUUAAAUAAGUACUUGCAAUCGUAGUUGUCAAGGCUCAGCCAUUACCAUAGACACGGUCUGAAGGGAGACGGAAGCUCUGACUAGCACGUGCGCAGAUGUAUAAUUUGGAGCGAGUCAUUUGGGAAUUCAAAUUGUGAUAGAAGAGAAGAGAUGUUUGUUUCUAAAAUGCCUAAACAGCGCAUAACAAUUAAACAAUACUGCAAAGAAUUUGACCAUGAGGGGAUGUAUGGAGCUGACGGUGACAAAAUAAUGAUGUGCAGAUUUUGCAACUGUCGGCUGGAAUGGGAGUCGAAAGAUACCAUCGUUCAGCAUCAUUUGCUGUUUAUUGCUUUUGGGGGGAAAUAUGGCUUGUUUGCUUGUACAGUAUUUUGCAUUAGUAUUUGCUUUGCUUUGUGUUUAAAUACUGAGAAACCCCAAGCUUGUUGUAUACUGCUUCAGCGCAAUGGGAUUGAAAUACAAAUAAUUUUUUAAUGGGUAAAUUGCUGUAUGUGCAAUUAUUAUUUAUGACAGCCUCACAAGA